GCGAUAAGCACCACAAGUGAGCGAGCACCGAUACCCGUGUCUGCGUUGCUGGUGUGACUCCUUUGUUCUGGUGCUUUAAUAAUGGCGCCUCGUCAGCUUCUUCUGUUGGCCUGCGCCCUUGCAGCUUCUGUGCACAACGCAGCAGGAAACAUCCAGUGUUACACUUGCGUGAGCACCGUGAACGAGCUCACUUGUGUGAAUGACCCUGACAACGUUCUGAACGGCAGUCCCGUCACGGACUGCGACAAGGGAGACCGCGGCUGCUGCACCAUCUUUCGCCAGGAGUAUGUCGAGGAACCCGGGAAGGUGAUAUCGUUCUCUCGUGGAUGUCAGGAGAACUGCCCCUCCAAAAUGAGUACCACGGAAACGGUAGACGCUUCAUAUCGCAUUUACCAGACUUACUGCAACACUCCCAAGUGCAACGUCGGGCCUGGAGACAAGCCACUGACGGGUGGCGGCGGCGGCGACGACGGGGGCAACAACGUCAUUGGCCCGAUUCCCGGGAAGGACGGCGCAGCGACCAAUGCUGUGUCCCUGGGACUCCUCUUCGCUGCUCUCGCGCUCACCCUCCUGAGGCCUUGAAGAAGUGCUCGUUCUUAACCAAUUGCUGAUUUAUCUUAAUUGUACCAAUAUGUAUAUCAUAUGUAUGUAUAUCAUCGAACUGUAAUAGGAAUUCCUUUGAUGGCAUUACUGUAGUUACAACAUACAAUUUAUUCCCUCCGUAUAUAGGCGUAUUUGAGUGACUUUCUUAUCAAACUUAAUAAAUACUCUACAAAUUCA